GAACCGGCCGGGGAUACAGGUACGGAGUAAAUAUGUACGGAGUGUAUGUUGAUCACUCAGAUGGCUGGUAACUCUACCUUGUCUGUUCUCGGUCGUGGAGAUAUAUAAACUCUCACGAUGUCCUCCCCCUUUGCUGUUUGUGUGUCUUCCUCAGCCAUCACCACCAGUUCUACCCCCCCAGGCCACCCUACCAGCCCCGGCAUUCGCCUCGAGAGGAUUCCAGGACGAACUUCACAUACCCUUAAUACUUACUUCAUAUAACUCCCAUCAACAACAACCGAAUCCAACCCUCUCACCAACCGCCAAAAUGAAGUUCACCCUCCUCUCUACCGCCGUCGCCCUCUUGACCAGCACCGCCGUCGCCCUUCCCGCCGGCUCCUCCUCCUCUGGAAGCCUCAGCGAGCGCUCCUACGUCAACGCCUCCUCCACCGCCACCACCUGCCCCUACAGCAGGCGCUCCCCGGCCUACUGCGCCGGCACCGCGCAAAACCGGACGCUCUCCGCGACCUACAUCUGCGGCGACUCGCGCCUGGGGCCCGUCGUGCUGCCCCAGUUCUUUUUACCGUUGGAUCCCAUCCUCGACAUCUACGACCGCUUCGGCGGACUGUGCCCGGGCGCCUUCUUGGAGAAGUGGUUCAACCAGACGGGCAGCGGCUGGUGGGACUACCCUCCCCAGGACGGCUUCAGUGUGGAUGACGAGGGCAACAUCAUCGCGGCCAACUUGACGCUGCAGACGGGCACGUUUGUGGACCGGUUCGGCAGCGAGUAUGGAAGUUUCCUGGCGCCGGCGGCGGCGCCGUAUCUGCAGAGGAGUUUGCCGCCUAGUAAUUUGAAUGGGGAUGCCAAGUUCCCAUGGAACUACCACGUUUACAGCGUCAUCAAGCCCUUUGCUGUCCUUGCUGGACCCAUCGCUCCGUGGUUCGGCCAGCCUGGCCAGGGCGUGCAGUACCAGACUUAUGAGAACGUCGCGACGCUCAUUGCUGAUGGGUAUCUGAGGGCUGAGGAUCCCCAGAGGCUGGUUCCUAGAAACUACUAAGUGGGUCGGUGAAGAUGGUGGAAAAGGGGAUUCGAUUCGUGAAUGAGAAAUGUCUUUGUUUGACAUGCUUAACGUUAUAUAAUGGAUAAUGUCUGGUACACAGUAUAUACCCAGGGGGUACAAUGGAAAGGGGGAUUCUAGAUAAUGAUGAGC